UACUAAUGUUGAUGCUCUUUCACGUUCUAUCCAUGGGAAUUAUUACCUGCCUCAGGUUGCAACACCACCCCCGCUAAUAAUACAAUCUCUCCUCGAUUGUUUUCCUCUCUUCCGUUCGUUCCCCUCAGAGAAUGAAUUAAUAAUAAACCACCCGCCAUCAAUCCCAAUCCCAAUCCCAACAACACAACACAACACAUCACAUAACAUAACAUAAUAUCGACGAAGAAAAUACAACCAUGACCACCACUAUCCAGAAAGUGGCCAUCUUCGGGGCAUCGGGCAACUUUGGAACCCCCAUCACCGCCGCCCUCCAACGCGCCGGCUUCAACAUCACCAUCAUCACCCGCACCGAGUCCUCCUCGACUUUCCCCGCCGGCCUGCCCGUCAUCCGCACCAGCUACACCCUCGAGAACCUGACCACUGCCCUGGCCGGCCAGGAUGCCGCCAUCUGCGUGGUCGGCCCCGGCGGCAUCGGCGCGCAGGUCACCAUGAUCGAGGCCGCCGAAGCCGCGGGCGUCAAGCGAUUCAUCGUCGACGACUUCGGCUGGGGCCCGGAUUUCCGCAACCUGCCGGAAUUCCGCGCCAUUCACGCUCAUCGGCGCGCCGGGUGGGAACUGGCCAGAGCGAAGGCCGAGGCGAAUCCCAACUUUACGUUCACUGGUAUCACCUCGGGGAAUCCGAUUGAUUGGGCAAUGAAGCGAUUCCCUCUGAUGGGCUUCGACAUCGCCCAGUGUUCAGCCCUCAUCUACGACUCUGGCACGGAGAAAUUCACCGCCACCACCCUGGCAGGCAUCGGGCAGUCGGUCGUCGGCGUCCUGCAGCACCCGGACGAGACGGCGAACCGGUUCGUGAAGGUGCUGUCGCUCAUCACCAACCAAACCGAGCUGCUGGAGGCCUUCCAGCGCGUCACGGGCCGACAAUGGCCGGUGCAGCGCGCCUCCGCGCAGACUCUGAUCGAGAGCGGACAGCGCAAGUUCCAGGCGGGCAUGGGCGGCUGGGUGUUGGAGUUGGUGGUCGCGCAGAUGUACGACGAAGGACAGGCCCGAUGUGUCAUGGCUCCUUCGUGGGAGGCGUCGGAUUCCCCCCUGUUGGGGGUGAAGAAUGAGAGUGCGGAUGAGGUGGUGGCCAAGGUUUUGCAGAUGUGAGCAUGUUGUUGUUGUUGUUGUUGUUGUAUGUAGUGAAUUUGAGCAUUGAGACCCCAAUCUGGGCA